GAAAUGGCCAAUCGGUUCUUUCGUGAUUAUUCGUCGAAUCUUUGAGGAGGGACAGUGGCGCGAAAUUCAAAGUUAUGAACAGAUUUAUCGAAAAUUACUGCCGUUUAUGCCCUAAAGCAUUUUGCUGCAAAAAUUGUCGUUGUAAGCACGAAACUGAUUAUCACAGCGUUAUAUCCCAGUGUGAUAUAUGCAUAUACGGAACAUUCGUUUUUGAAAAUAUUGAUGAGAAUAUUCUUCAACACAUCAAGGAAACACAUUUGCCUUUAAACUGCCUUUAUUGCAAGCGAGUGUUCAGCUGCAUAGAAGAAAUUAUCCAACACAAAAAAUGCCCUGUUCAUUAUAAAAGCGAUUCACCAAAAACUCCACUUUUUAAGCCUCCAGAGAUCUUAAUUUCAGCUGAUGAUCAGGACAGUCCGAUUCUUCAAGAACUACAAAGAAAUCAAGCCUUAAAUUUCAUAUUCAAAUUAGCAACGAGUACCCCGAUGCAAAAUACAGAGACAGAAAACUUUCACAAAAGCAAAGAUGAUGCUAUUACACCAUCUGAACGUUUUCAAAUAAGUAAUAAGAGCAUAAUUAAAAAAACGCAAACGUUAAGAAAAUCGGAUGAAUCUUCUAAAAGAAGGGUUACUUUUAGUGAAACUACUGGAACAACCCAUUCAAUAGAGUACAACAGCCAUGAAACCGAACAAACAUAUUCAAGUAAAAAUCCACAUAUUCUUGAGGACGAAUCGGCCAACACUAGAAGUCUAUCUACCCCAGAUAUGGCAAUAAAAGCAAUUCCUGCUGAUGAGUUUUAUAGUGCAAAAUCCGAAAUCAAUCAGUCAUCUGUAAAAGUACAAAAAUCAAGAUAUGACGGUAACAAGACGUCGGUGAUGAAUCUAGAAGAUAUUUCUACUCCGGUUUGCAUCCCAAAGCAAUCUGAAAUAGUGCGUUCACAACUGGAUAUCUAUAAAGAUGUUAAAGUAAAAGAUGCUGGUGCGUCCAACCAAAUACAUAGCGAAAGUGAUAAUGACCUUCCUUCUGAAGUCAAGCAGAUAAUUAGAAAUAAUAACGGAUCAGAAAUGGAAAUUUGCUCACCAAUUUCAGAAGAACAGAAAAUGGUACCAAGUUUAAGUGCUAAAUUUCCCAAAACCGAGCUGUCCGACUCUGAGAGCCUAUAUACGCCUAAGAUGGUUUUACCAACCGAGACGUUUUACAGUGCAAAAUCAGAGGUCGACAAGUCCCCUACAAAGAAAGAAAAUUCAAAAUCUGAACGCAAAAAAAAUUCUUUGCUGCAAUAUGACGAUAUUUCUACACCCGUAUGCGCUCCUAAGUCAUAUCAAGGAGUUUCCGCUAAAGUUGAAAUUAAAGAAGCAGAAGAUACCGAGUUAGAUAUUGCAGACCAAACAAGCUGCAAAAGUAGUUAUUUCCUUGAAAAAGAAGCCGAACAUGCAUCUACUAAUAUUCACGAAAUAUCAAUGGAAUUGUGCUCGCCAUACCAAACAAGCUACAAACGCAGUAAUUCCCUUGCAAAUGAAGCCGAAGAUGAAACUACAAAUAGUCACGAAAAAUCAACGGAAAUGUGCUCGACAUACCUCACUAAUGCAGUAACAAAGCAGCAAACUGUUACUACAGAGGCAAAAGUGCAAAUAUUACAUUACACACAACAUGCUAAGUUGAAGCUGAACGAUGAUUCUGAUUCUCCUAAUAAAAUGGAAAGUGAUAGUACAGAAGAUCGGACUAUUUAUACACCUGCAUCUCAAACAUUGUGGCAUAGUGCCACAAAUCUCGAAGAUAAUGACUCAGAUAAAGAGAACAUACCACAUGAUGAAGACAAGGAUGUUAAUGUUGAUCUAGUUAAAGAAACAGAAGGGCGUAGAGUGAGCAUUGUUAUGCCAACUCCAGUCCUCAAACGAACGGAUGUUCAAAUGAAAAUUCGGCUGCCAGUUCACUUUGCUUCAACUCCCGUAUCGUCGAUUGAAGAAGUUAAAGAGGGACCAGUUAGUGCUAUAGAAAAUGUAGAUUCAAGAGUUCCUCCGCGAACUCCAUAUGAAACUCCUCAAGCAAGUUGCUCACAAUUCAUUGGAAUGAAAACAUUUGGAUCUAGAAUUGAGCCGUAUUCAAAAAUCGAAGCGGGUCCGUCUAAUAUUAAAGAUAAAUUUGGUUCAUCAUCGGCAAAGCACGGACAUAAUAUGCAGAAAGAAAUGGGCGGUUAUCACCAAAUAAAUGGAAAACAAAAUAUAACUGAAACGUCUGUGAAUUUUACUUCCACUAGUUCUAUGACGGAGUCUAACUUAUGGAGUUCUAUGACACGGGUGGUCAGAAGUGUUUUAGGACUUUCCAAAAAGAACGAAGACUGUUCUGUUAGUAUAGUCUCAACAUCUAUGAAAAGAAAGUUGUCGGAAGAAGAAAUGGAUGUUUUUGAACUACCUCAGAGGAAACGUUUUAAAUAUAGCGAUAUUAAAGGCCGAAAACCGAUCAGAUCCGCAUCUCUGUUAUUGCCGACUCUUUCCAGCGAAGUGGCAACUUUUGAAUUUGUAGGCUCAGUUAGAACAUUAUAUAAUUGCGCUAGAACAACGAAGUGUGAUAAAUAUACGCAAACAGAUGACUCUCUUAUGUAUGCUUGGUUUUCUUCCAAUGGACUGCAAUAAGUGAUACAUAUAGCGGUUAGUUUAUUACUCAUUCGUUCACCGGAAUAUUUUAUAUGUGUUAUUAUUAAUUUAUAAUUGGUCUGUUUCAAAAAUU